UGUGUCAGAGGAAAUGGCAGCAAGCCGCCGAAGUGGCAGUCGCUUUGAGACAGACUUCAAAGAUCAUUUAGAUGUAAGGGGACUUACAUUUGAAGACUUAAAGGGUCAUCAGUGUCCAGAUAGUGUCCUACUCAAACUGAGUAAAGGCUUAGAUAACUGGGAUAUUGUUGGGUUGUACUUGGAAAUCACACUUCCUGAAAUCAAGGCCAUUAAAGUUGAUAAUGACUCUGAAGAAAGUAGAAGAUUUGCACUUUUAAACAAAUGGAAGCAGAAGAACGGGGAUAAUGCCACAUAUUACAAUCUUGUGUUCGGUUUACUUGAUGCUGAAAGAAUUGAUAUUGCUGACCAAGCACUAGACUAUUUGAAGGAAAAUAUAAUUGAGAUAAGAAGGCAGCAGAAGACAGCAUGGCAAGAAGAGGAAGAGCGACAAAGAGAAGAAAGGCGGCAGCAGGAGAUACAACUAGAAUAUGAAAUGAAAGAAAAGGGAACUGUGAAGGUAGAAUCCCAAGCAUCAGAAGCAGAGGCAAAACAAGUUACAGAAGAGGCAAAACAAGUUAUAGAAGAGGCAAAACAAGUUACAGAAGAGGCUUAUAAAAAACAAUGGGAUGAAUAUUACAUGAGAAUAGCAUGUUUGGCUGCUUUAAAAAGUAAAAUAAGUACACCAGUUGGUGCUUGUAUUGUUGAUAAUAAAUCUAGAAUAGUUGGAUUCGGAUAUAACUCAAUUCCUUUAGUUGAAGGAGAAGAUAGUGACGAAGCACAUAAAAAAAACAAGAAAGGAAAUGAAUUUAUUGGUGCAGCUGUAAAUGCUAUUAUAUAUAAGACCAGAGAACUUGAUGGCUGUACAAUAUACUUAACAUCAUACCCUGAUGAAAAAUCUGCUCAUGCAAUACUAGUAGCUAGAAUAAAAGAAGUUGUUUACUGUAUGUACACAAGAAAAGAGGGAAGAGAAAAAGAACUAGAUAUGGAAAAAAUAGGAAAAAUUUUCAAAGCCAAUAAUAUUGAAACAAGAGAGAUGACUAUGUCAAAUGAAGAGGGAGUAGCAAAAAUACUUCACAAUAGAAUAAAAGAAUCAAAGGCAUUGGAGCAAGUUGAAAGACCGGAGCAACUUGAUGCCAGUAGUGGGCCCCAUGGUACCAUAACAUGGGAAGAAUUCUUCAUGGGAAUCGCAAUACUGUCAACUAGAACACCAAGGCCACAUGAUAGAAACCCAAAACUAGCAGUAGGAGCAUGCAUAGUAUCACCUAGCAAUCAAGUAAGGGCAAUUGGAUACAGUGGAUACCCUAAAGAUAUGAUACAUGAUGACAUUUCACAGGAAGGAGAUCAGAAAGGAUAUAUUAUUCAUGCUGAAUACAAAGCAAUAAUUGAAUUAUCAUCAUCUGAUUUGGUUAAAAAUUGUAAACUAUAUGUCACUUCACAUCCAUGUCAUGAGUGUGCUAAACUUAUAGUUGAGUGUGGAAUCAGCAAAGUAGUGUACGCUAAAGAUAAAGGAGACAAACCUCCUAAAUUUACUCUAGAAAAUCUUAUAACAAAGAAGUGUGAUCUUACUGAAGGCGAGUUCUAUAACAAAUUGUGAUUUAUUAUUACAUUAAUAGAGUUUAAAGAAAGUUUAUACAAGUGAUUAUAUAUACAAAAAAUAUUAA